AUGGGGGUCUUGGAAUCCUUGAUGGAGCCGGAGUACCAACUCUACAGGCUGCAGGUUGACUGCGAGGAUGUUGGACACGCGGGCAUUGCCCGAACCCGCACUUAUGUCAUCAUGAGGCAUGUCCAGACAACUGACUGCUUGUAUGACCCCAUGGACUUGUAUGAGCAGGUCAGGGAGUACAUCAUGCCUCGGGCCCGGACACAGCCGCGGGACUACAUGAUCGCCACCAGCGAGGAAAUUGCCUUGGAGGCCAUGUCGGUUGCCCGCUCAAGAAAGCUGGUCUACCGCCCGGGUCUGGAGGACCUCACCUACCUUCUGAACGAAAGGGAGCAGGGUGUCCUUGACUAUGCGUGCGCAGAGUACAGGCGCAGGUUCAACACCGACCCCUACAUGGACCCCAACUUGGCCGUGUUCCUCGGGGACAAUCCAAGUUAUGCUCUCACGUGGUCGGCAGUCAGUGGCAAGGCGCUGGAUGUGCAGCUCUGA